UUGGAACAUUAAGAAAUUUGAGGAUGGUGGGGCAAAACGACUAAACCCCGUUUUCCUGUGAUUCUUUAGGCGGAAAACUGUCCAAAUCUGUGGAUAAAUUCGUGAGAUAAGAAAAAGGAUGGCAUCUAGAAUAAAUACCAGUUUCACUUUGAUUCCCAACCAGAAAUAUAGACGUAGUAAUCGUCGAUCCAGCUAUUUUUCCAACACCUGUGACUCAGAUUCUCAGCCCUUGUCAACGCUUGGAAAUUUUAAAACCUUGCCAUUGGAAAUAUUCCAAAUAAUCUUAAAAUAUUUGUCAGCGAAGGAUAUCAGCGUGCUAAGCAUGGUGUCCAAAACAGUCGGCCAGCGUAUUAUUAAUUAUAUCUCAACCUCAUCAGGAAGCAAAAGACUUUUACUACAGGACUUUCACAACCUUGAGCUGCCUGGCAGGAGACAAGACUCCACUAUAUUGGAACACUACAGAUCUCUAGGUCUACUAUUUAAAAGAUGUACUUUGCUGCUACCCACAAAGGAAAGACUAAAGUACAUUCACAAGAUGCUCGCAGAAGUUUCCUGUUUUAAAUUCAAUGGCUGUGCAGCUCCUAUGCAAUGUUUAGGAUUACCAUGUUAUGGCAUGUUUUUACAGACCUUAACAGCAGGUUGGGAUGAACUCGAGUGUCAUCGUGUUUACAACUUCUUAUGUGAGCUGACUAAUCUCUCUCGCAAGAUGCAGACUGUUGUCUGCAGCAAACCAGGAGGUGCCCGAAAACUGGAGUUAAGGAUCAGACUGUUCUGUAGGAACGUUCUGCUUGAUCAUUGGACACAUCGAAGUGAUUCUGCUUUUUGGUUGACGCGUAUAUUAAAACCAUGGCCAAUGGUGAAUCAGGCAAGAUUACUGUAUAUCAUCUUUGGACCAAUAUCUCCUCAAGAUGGACAGGUAAUUUGGCAGAAAAUGAUAGAAGAUCCUACAGAUGAUUCCAGUCUGAAAGGUUUGGCAGAUGCCAUUAAACUACUAUAUGACACAGGCACCAAAGAGUGGACAGCAGAUGAUGUUAUCAGUCUUGUAGAUGAACUAUCAGUGGUUCCCCGUGAAUGGCUUCUAGAGAAUAACGCACGUCUCCUAAUCCUAAGUGGGAACAACAUCUGUUUUACUUUCAUGGCUAGUAAAGCUGUGAAUGGGCGGGCCAUUGAACUGGCAAGGCUGAUGGUCUUUUUGGCUUUGGUAUGCGAGAAAGAACUAUACUGCAUGGAUUGGGCAGUUAAAAUGAUGCAAAAAGUCUGUGAUGUCUUUAGCACUCCACUGGAAAGAAAUAACUUCCUUCAGAGUGUGGCAAAUGCAUUUGCAUGUGUUAUAAUGGAAAUGAUGCAGUCAAUUAUGUCUGGAGACCAUGAUGAAGACGACAGAAGCUUUUUGAAUCUGUUCCAACUUGUGCAUGCUCAGGCUAACUUCCAUAAGGAGGUCCUGUAUUUGACCAUGAAUCCUCUCUCUACCUAAAUACUCUGAAAGUCUUGCAUUUAGAGAAUACCUCACUGAACCAACAAUUAGA